AUGCGCGACCCGGCCGCAUACCAGACGGUGUUGCAGUCUCCAGUCGGCUUGCAUUACCUCGGCGUUUCGAGCCAUGCCGGCCAGCGUCAGCCACUAUGCCGCAAUGCUGAAGGAUGGGGUCCUAUCAGCCCUUUUCGCUAUGACUUUACGCCCUGCUUCCUCGAUGUCUGGAUAGCCUCCGUCUCUGUCUUUGGCCUCGUCUUCGGACCCGGUGCAAUCUACUACCUCUUGAAGAAAUGCAGCCCCCAGCCCGUCAAGCAAGAUUGGCACUUCUACACCAAACUGUCCGUCCUUGCCGCUCUUUGCGCCACUACCAUCCUCCAAGGUGUUUUUCAGAUUGUCAACUUUGGCAGCGUCUGGGCUGGCGACUUCCGUUUCUGGGCCACCGUCCUGAACCUCGCCUCCAUCGUCCUCAUCUUCUACGUCCAGUACAUUGAACACUGGCGAUCGCGUCAGGCCAACGGAGUUGUCCUGGUCUUCUGGCUGUUGCUCCUUAUUGCAUACGCCGUCAAGAUGCGCUCUCUGGUCUCGCAACAGCUAUACCACUCCGAACUUCCUUACUUUGUCACUUUUGCCGUUAGUGUCGCCUUGGCCGCUCUCGAAUUCGGUCUUGAGUGGCUUGUGCCCAAACGCCUGAGCGACUACGACGCUCUUGGAGAUGAAGACGAGUGCCCCAUGGAGUAUGCUAACGUCUUCUCUAUUCUCACCUUCUCCUGGAUGACCCCGAUGAUGAAGUAUGGUUACAAGAACUUCUUGACCCAGGACGAGCUAUGGAACCUUCGUAAANGAGAUACAACCGCUGCAACCACCCAGGCCUUCAACGAUGCAUGGGAGCAAGAGCUGGAGAAGAAGAAGCCAAGCCUCUGGAUUGCCCUGGCUCGUGGCUUUGGUGGUCCAUAUGUUCGUGGUGCAAUGAUCAAGACCAUCUCGGAUAUUCUGGCCUUUGCUCAGCCUCAACUCUUGCGUCUCCUGAUCUCGUUCGUCGAUUCCUACCGUACCGAAAACCCCCAGCCUCCAAUUCGAGGAGCUGCUAUCGCUCUUUCCAUGUUCGCUGUAUCCGUCUCUCAGACGCUUGCCCUACACCAGUACUUCCAAAGAGCCUUUGAGACUGGCAUGCGCAUUCGUUCAUCAUUGACCGCUGCUAUUUACCACAAGUCAAUGCGUCUCUCUAACGAGGGCAGAGCAUCAAAGUCCACCGGAGACAUUGUCAAUUACAUGGCUGUUGAUACUCAGCGUCUGCAAGAUCUUGCGCAGUAUGGCAUGCAGCUGUGGUCUGCGCCUUUCCAGAUUACGCUGUGUAUGAUCUCGCUCUACCAGCUUGUAGGACUGAGUAUGUUCGCCGGUGUUGGCGCUAUGAUUGCGAUGAUUCCUAUUAAUGGCGUCAUUGCACGCAUCUCCAAGAAUUUGCAAAAGAAGCAGAUGAAGAACAAGGAUUCAAGAACGCGUUUAAUGACUGAAAUCUUGAGCAACAUGAAGUCUAUCAAGCUCUACGCCUGGACUACUGCCUUCAUGAACAAGCUGAACUAUAUUCGUAACGACUUGGAGCUGAACACUCUUCGAAAAAUUGGUGCAUCUAUGGCCCUGGCCAACUUCACCUGGUCAACUACUCCUUUCUUCGUAUCCUGCUCAACCUUUGCAGUUUUCGUUCUCACCGGCAACAAAGCGCUUACAACGGACAUUGUGUUCCCGGCAUUGACGCUCUUCAAUCUCCUUACCUUCCCUCUGGCCAUCCUGCCUAUGGUGAUCACCUCCAUCAUCGAGGCAAGCGUUGCUGUCAAUCGUUUGACCGACUUCUUCGUUGCGCCCGAGUUGCAACGUGACGCCGUGCUCAAAUAUGACGCCGUAACCGAGCGUGGCGAGGAAGCAGUCCGUAUCCGGGAUGCGACCUUCACCUGGAACAGCAAUGACACUCGUAAUGCUCUUGAGAACAUCUCCUUCUCUGCUCACAAGGGCGAGCUUUCUUGCGUUGUUGGCCGUGUUGGAGCCGGCAAGUCUUCCUUCCUACAAACCCUUUUGGGUGAUCUUUACAAGAUUAAGGGCGAGGUUGUCUUGCGUGGAAAGGUAGCCUAUGUUGCUCAAUCUCCAUGGGUCAUGAAUGCUAGCGUUAGGGAGAACAUUGUCUUCGGUUAUCGUUGGGAUCCUCAAUUCUAUGAAAAGACUGUUCAUGCUUGCGCUCUGAAGGAAGAUUUCGCAUCCCUACCAGACGGCGACCAAACCGAAGUCGGUGAACGCGGUAUUUCCUUGUCCGGCGGACAGAAAGCUCGUUUGACCCUUGCCCGAGCCGUCUAUGCUAGAGCAGACGUUUACCUCCUUGAUGAUGUCCUAUCGGCCGUUGACCAGCAUGUUGGAAGACAUCUCAUUGACAACGUUCUGGGCCCUAAUGGUCUUCUCAAUGGAAGAACGAGAAUCCUGGCUACAAAUUCUCUCCCCGUUCUGAUGGAGGCCAAUUACAUUGUUCUUUUGCGUGAAGGCCGCAUCUUGGAACGUGGCACCUAUGAGCAACUGAUGGCUAUGAAGGGCGAGAUAUCUCAGCUCAUAAAGACAGCCAGCAACGAAGAGUCUCAGAGUGAGUCGCAAAGCGAGACCCCAGACAGCGACGAUUCGGCCACUGUUUUCGAAACCGAUCCGAGCUCCGCUCAGGGCGAACUGGAGAUCACGCAAGCCGAAGAGGGCGAGACUCAACUCGCUCCUAUCAAUACCGGUGGUGGUCGCCCAGCACGCAGGGCGAGCGGGCUCUCCUUACGUCGUGCGAGUACUGCGAGUUUCGCUGGGCCCCGCGGUAAGCUCACAGAUGAAGAAGGCACCGCCGGUCUCAAAAGCAAGCAAAACAAGGAAUUUUCCGAACAGGGUAAGGUCAAAUGGUCUGUCUACUCAGAAUAUGCCAAGACUAGCAACCUGGUCGCUGUCGCCAUCUAUCUCGUCACCUUGGUUGGGGCCCAGACCGCUCAGAUCGGUGGCAGUGUCUGGCUCAAAAAUUGGUCCGAAAUUAACGGCAGAUAUGGCGGUAAUCCUCACGUUGGAAAGUACAUCGGCAUCUAUUUUGCCUUUGGUAUUGGCUCCGCUGCCCUGGUUGUCGUGCAGACACUCAUCCUGUGGAUCUUCUGCUCAAUAGAGGUCACCUAUGACCUUCUUCGAGACGACCCCCGCCGGACGUAUUCUAAACCGCUUUUCAAGGAAUCUCUGAGUGGUAUCAGCACAAUCCGCGCUUACCACCAAAGCAAGCGCUUUGCCAUGGAGAACGAAUGGCGCGUCGAUGCGAACCUCAGGGCAUACUUCCCUUCCAUCAACGCAAACCGCUGGCUAGCAGUUCGUCUUGAGUUCAUCGGUUCCGUCAUCAUCCUUGCUGCCGCUGGUUUCGCCAUUAUCUCGGUUUCAACAGGAAGUAAAAUAUCUGCCGGCAUUGUUGGUCUAUCGAUGUCCUAUGCCUUGCAGAUCACUCAGUCGCUCAAUUGGAUUGUACGCCAGACGGUCGAGGUGGAAACCAACAUUGUCUCGGUCGAGCGUGUCCUCGAGUACGCACGUCUCCCCAGCGAAGCACCUGAGAUCAUCUCAAAGCACAGACCGCCGGUCAGCUGGCCUUCCAAGGGUGCAGUUUCCUUCAACAACUACAGCACCAGAUACCGUGAGGGACUGGAUUUGGUCUUGAAGAAUGUCAACCUCAGCAUCAAGUCACACGAAAAGAUUGGUGUCGUAGGUCGAACAGGUGCUGGAAAGAGUUCCUUGACUCUUGCUUUGUUCCGCAUCAUAGAGCCUACCGAAGGCGAUAUCACGAUAGAUGAUUUGAGCACUAGCUCCAUUGGUUUGUUGGAUUUGAGAAGAAGACUUGCCAUCAUUCCACAAGAUGCUGCCCUCUUCGAAGGCACCAUUCGCGACAAUCUGGAUCCAGGUCAUGUCCAUGAUGACACCGAGCUCUGGAGCGCUCUAGAUCACGUGUCGAGCAUGUCCGGCGGACUUGAUGCUCAGAUCCACGAAGGUGGAUCCAACCUGAGCCAAGGCCAGCGUCAAUUAGUCUCACUGGCGCGUGCGUUGUUGACGCCGAGCAACAUCUUGGUGCUUGAUGAAGCAACCACCACACUGAGAAGCAAUAUGUUCAAGGAUCGGACGAUCAUUACGAUUGCGCACCGCAUCAACACGAUCCUUGACAGUGACCGCAUCGUGGUACUUGACCACGGACGUGUGGCCGAAUUCGAUACGCCUUCCGAAUUGGUCAAANAGAAGGGCCUAUUCUACGAGUUGGUGCGAGAGGCCGGUCUGCUUGGAAGUGUCGAUAUCAGCAGCGCAGCGGAAUAG